AUGUGGGAACUUGGAGCCAAAGGGGAUUCAGAGUGGCCACGUUAUGUGGAUGCCCGUCGAAAGGAGUUUUUGAAUCUGGCACAGGGAAAUAAGACUGUUGCAGAGUAUGAGGCAGAAUUUUUGAGGCUGAGUCGGUAUGCUAGCGGGAUAGUAGCGAUUGAAUAUGAGCGCAGUGUUCGAUUCGAGGAUGGUCUCUGCGAUGAGCUUAGGGUGCUGAUAGCUUCACAGAGGGAGCGUGAUUUCGCUGCAUUUGUAGAGAAGGCUAAGAUAGCCGAGGAAGUAAAACGGACUGAAAGGCAGAAUCAUGAGAAGGAUCGACCCAGAUUUAGGAGGGAUUCUAGACCCCCAGACCGCAGGCUUGCAAGGACUGUGGCAGAGUGCAUAUGGGGGAGUGCUGGAAAUGAACUGGGGCAUGCUUUCGAUGUGAGUCAAAGGAACAUAAGUUCAGAGAGUGUCCUCGGAGAGCAGUUCAAGGUCAAGCUGCAGAACAAAGAGGGGUCCAACAGCCACGAGGAGGACCACCACCACAGAGAGGCUGUGGGCUAUUAUCGGAGGUUUGUGGAAAGAUUUCUUGUGUUAGCAGCACCAUUAACGAAACUUCUAAGGAAGGGAGCACCAUUUGUUUGGACAAGUAAGCAACAAGAGGCCUUUGAGAAGUUAAAGAAGGUCCUGACUGAGGCAUCAGUGUUGAUUCAGCCAGAGUCUGGUAAGGAUUUCACCGUGUACAGUGACGCGUCACAUAUAGGUUUGGGCUGCAUGUUGAUGCAAGAGGGUAAAGUGGACGCUUAUGCUUCACAACAGCUUAAGCCUCAUGAGGAAUCCGAAUUGAAAAUCGAAUCAGUACCGGUUGUGCGUGAGUUUGUGGAUGUAUUUCCAGAGGAAUUGCCAGGUUUGCCUCCAGUUAAAGAAGUUGAAUUCGGUAUUGAGCUAAUGCCAGGGAUGACACCUAUCUCUAUUGCUCUAUAUAGGAUGGCCCUGAAUAAGCUGAAAGAAUUGAAGACACAAUUGUAA